AUGGCUCCUGGUCUUACGGAUAAUGUUGGCCUACGGGCUCCAACAACAGUGGUCCCUCUCAAGUCGGACGCUGGUCACAACAAGGAGAAUUUGAUCGGCUAUAAAUAUGAGAAAGAUCACGAGCUCAAGGGUACAGACAAACUGCCUCCUGCUACCUACCCGGAAUAUCUUCCCGUCUGGGAUAACGAAACAGAGAGAUACCCCCCUCUCGAACCAUUCGAGCACUAUGACCACGGCAAAGACGCGGACCCUUCAUUCCCCGAUCUGUUCCCCAAUGGCCAAGGCGAUGUCGACGAAAUCACACCAUUCAUCGGAUCUGAAGUACAUGGCGUACAGCUGAGCCAGCUUUCCGACAAGGCGAAGGAUCAGUUAGCCCUCUACGUUGCACAGCGUCGAGUUGUUGCCUUCCGUGAUCAGGACUUCGCCUCACGCCCCAUCCAAGAAGUCGUCGACUAUGCCGGCUACUUCGGCCGUCACCACAUUCACCAAACCUCAGGAGCUCCCAAGGGCUUCCCCGAGAUUCAUCUAGUUCACCGCAGUGCCGACGACCGCACAGGCGCAAAGUUCCUGGAACAGCGUACCAACACCAUCACCUGGCACUCGGAUGUUACUUUCGAGAAGCAGCCCCCCGGCACCACCUUUCUGUAUGUUCUUGAUGGUCCCACAACAGGUGGUGACACUCUUUUCGGCGACAUGGCGCAGGCAUACAGGCGUCUGUCGCCUGAUUUCCAGAAGCGUCUGCAUGGUCUCAAGGCCGUGCAUUCUGGCAUUGAGCAGGUGAAUGCCAGCUUGAAUGGGGGUGGUAUUGCUCGCCGUGACCCGGUUACUUCUGAACAUCCCAUUGUGCGAACACACCCCGUCACCGGUGAAAAGGCACUUUAUGUGAACCCGCAAUUCACGCGUUACAUCGUCGGAUACAAAAAGGAGGAGUCAGAGUAUCUGCUCAAGUUCUUGUUCGAUCACAUCGCUCUUUCGCAAGACACACAGGCCCGCGUUCGCUGGAGACCCGGCACUGUCGUCGUCUGGGAUAACCGUCUCGCCUGCCACUCGGCUGUCUUUGACUGGGAGGAUGGUCAGCGCCGACACAUCGCCCGUCUCACGCCUCAAGCGGAGCCGCCUUACGAGACUCCGUUCGAGUAA